GCGUGCCGCGCCGGAUGAGGCGGGACUUGGGCGGUUGGCUUCCUGAUGGCGGGGCCGCCAUGGCGCUGCCCUGGCUGCAGCGCUUCGAGCUCUUGCUCUUCACCGCCGCCUUCCUGUGCGGAGCCGUGGCGGCCGCGACCCUGACCCGGACCCAGGGCUCCUUCAGUGGCCGCUGUCCCCUGUAUGGUGUGGCCACCCUGAAUGGCUCCUCCCUGGCCUUAGGCCAGCCCUCGGCCCCAUCCCUCUGCUACUUUGUGGCUGGGGUCUCUGGCCUCCUGGCCCUCUACUGUCUCCUGCUUCUCCUCUUCUGGGUCUACAGCAGCUGCAUCGAGGACUCCCACAGAGGCCCUAUAGGGCUCUGCAUAGCACUGGUCAUCUCCGCUAUAGCCAUCUUCCUGGUCUUAGUGGCUGCCUGUAUCCUUCGAUUUGGCACCCGUUCUCUCUGCAAAUCCAUCGUCUCCCUGAACAUUACAAUUAGCUGCUCUGAAGCCCAGAAAAUUCCGUGGACACCCCCUGGAACCGCCCUGCAGUUUUACUCCAACCUACACAAUGCUGAAACCUCUUCUUGGGUGAAUCUGGUAUUGUGGUGUGUGGUCUUGGUGCUUCAGGUGGUGCAGUGGAAGUCCGAAGCCACCCCAUACCGGCCUCUGGAGCGGGGCGACCCUGAGUGGAGCUCUGAGACAGAUGCUCUGGUUGGGCCACGCCCUUCUCAUUCCUGAAGAGGAACCAAAGAAUGCUUCCUGCAGCCAAAGACUGCCCAAGUGCCUAUAAUCCUGCUGUCCCCUCCUGGCCCUGUUUAUGCUGGGAGCCUGUUUUCCCUCCACGAGGGAAACAUGAUGAUAGCCCCCACCCCCACCUCUCUUCCUACAGCUCUUUUUGUAACAGAAUAUUAUAUUACUUUCUUCCUUC